GAUCGAAGAGCGGAGUCAAAGUAGUGGUAGGAGUGGGAAGGAGUGGCCCUCCGCCGUCUCCUCGCCCCCCCCAAAUCUAGGGUUUUAGGUGCAGGGGUUGCGUCCUAUCCGCUCCAAGUCCCUCCAAGAUCGCUCCUUUGUGGCUUGAUUCGUCUCGAUUCGUGGCGGGUUCGUGCUUCCUCGGAGGCCGACUUGUUUUUUUUGGGCCUCGAUCUCCCUCCUUCGGAAGCCGACGGGUGCUGUUUGGACGCUUCCGUCCUGUGUGUACCGGUAGGGAUCGAAGGGUUGUCGUUCUCGGUUAAGGGUUGCCCUUGCUUGUGUUUGUUGGGAGAUUCGCUUUUCUUGCUCCGAGAGGUUGGUGCGGAAAGGGGAUUCUUCGUUUCCGGUCCCGUGGAAGCAUUCUAGGUUUGUAAAGUUGAGAUCUUGGGGGGUUUUUUUUCUCCUUUGGGGCUGCUCUGUGGCGGUCGAGGAGAGGAUGGCGACGGUGGAUGGGGUGUAGGAUAGGUGCGGUUGGAGUCGAAGAUGGUAAGCUAACUGCGGCCGGGGUGCUGAGCUCUAUAUCCUCGUUGAUGGUGGUUCAGAACAAGACCUAUGAGUUGCCUUGUCAUUUGUGCUGAUCUGGCAGCUAGCAUGCAAUAAAGUGCUCGAGCCAUAAAUUCCUUCUCUGUUUCGUAUUCUCAACUCCACAUUCAGCUGCUACUGUUGAGUGUUUGACUUCUCUCCAACAGAAGAUUAGCUUGGUGCCAUAAUCUUGCAGUCACUUUGAAAACCAGGAAGAUUUUCGACAAUGGCAGAUACUAGUCCUAGGACAGAUACCUCCACAGAUGUAGACACAGAUGACAAAGAUCAGAUGUUAGAACAAGGACAACUUGCUGUUGUUGCAGCAUCUGAUUCAAGUGACAGGUCGAAGGACAAAACACUGGACCAAAAAACACUUCGUCGACUUGCUCAGAACCGUGAAGCUGCCAGAAAGAGUAGGUUAAGGAAAAAGGCUUAUGUACAACAACUAGAGACUAGUAGAAUGAAGCUUACUCAACUUGAGCAGGAGCUCCAAAGAGCUCGCCAGCAGGGAAUUUUCAUUUCUAGCUCAGGAGAUCAAACUCAUGCUAUGGGUGGAAAUGGGGCCUUGGCUUUUGACGUAGAAUAUGCACGAUGGCUUGAAGAACAUAACCGGCAGAUCAAUGAACUGAGGACUGCAGUGACUGCUCAUGCCAGUGAAAAUGAUCUCCGUGUUAUUGUUGAUGGCAUCAUGGCCCAUUACGAUGAAAAAUUUAAGCUUAAGGGUGUUGCUGCCAAGGCAGAUGUCUUUCAUAUAUUAUCAGGGAUGUGGAAGACACCAGCCGAGAGGUGUUUCUUAUGGCUGGGGGGUUUCCGCUCAUCUGAGCUUUUAAAGCUACUUGCAAGUCAGCUGGAGCCACUUACAGAGCAGCAAGUAAUGGGCAUUUGCAACCUGCAGCAGUCAUCACAACAGGCCGAGGAUGCUCUCUCUCAAGGGAUGGAGGCAUUACAGCAAUCCUUGGCGGAAACAUUGGCUGGAUCACUUGGUCCAUCUGGAUCCUCAGGAAAUGUUGCAAACUAUAUGGGUCAAAUGGCAAUGGCGAUGGGCAAACUUGGAACUCUCGAGAGUUUUCUUCGUCAGGCUGACAACCUACGACAACAAACACUGCAACAGAUGCACCGGAUAUUAACUACUCGUCAGUCUGCACGGGCACUUCUUGCCAUCAAUGAUUACUUCUCACGGCUUCGUGCCCUCAGCUCUCUUUGGCUUGCUCGGCCGCGGGAGUAAGCCAAAUUUGUUAUUUGUGCCUUACCUGAGCUCAUUUCUUCCUACUCUUAGAGCUGAUCACAAAAAUAUCUAUCUUAUCGGUCAGAGUUACUACUAGCUCCAGUAUAUCAUGGCUGGCUGGAUGCUUGCAGUGUAGUUUUAGACACUCGGUGGAGCUAAAACUUAACUCAUGUACAGCAAGAAUAGCCCACCAUUCUCAUGCGAUGUACCAUUAACUUGUGCGAGAAAACCCACCUCAUGUUGUUGGCGUUCUGUAAGCUUGUAUUGUCUCAGUUAGAAAAAAAUGAUUAUUGAAUAAUCACGCAGAAAUUUUACCUAAUGUUGUUUCUUGCGAA